AAAAGGAGCUGCUGUCCCAGCACUUCUUCACUCUCUGCUCAGAGCCGCCGACCAGCCGACCAGCAGCCAUGACCUCCUUCUCCAGCCGCAGCAGCUACAUAUCCUCCCCAGUGAGAAGCUCCAUCAUCAUGGCCCCCGCCAUGUCCCACCGAGCCAGCACUGGGGCUGGCAGUGUGUAUGGAGGAGCUGGAGGGUCUGGAGUCCGUGUCUCCAAGGCCUCCUUCGUUUCCUCCGCUGGUGCUGGAGGUGCCUUCAACCUAACUGACCUGGCUGAUGCUGUUGACGUAACUGCCAGUGAGAAAUUCACUAUGCAGAACCUCAAUGACCGCCUGGCCACCUACCUUGACAAGGUGCGCAACCUGGAGAAGGCCAAUGCUGAACUGGAGCUGAAGAUCAGGCAUUUCCUGGACAAUAAAACCUUGCCGGAGGCUCAUAACUACACCAGCUUCAACGUCCGCAUCAAAGACCUCCAAGACCAGAUCAAUGCCGCUGCUCGUGAAAAUGCUCUCGUCAUCCUCGCCAUCGACAAUGCCAAGCUAGCCGCCGACGACUUCAGAGUCAAAUAUGAGAACGAGCUGUCCAUGCAUCAAACUGUCGAUGCUGACAUUGCUGGGCUGAAGAGGGUCCUGCAAGAGCUGACCCUGAGCCGGUCUGACCUGGAGAAGGUGGUGGAGGGUCUGAGAGACGAGCUGGUCCAGUUGAAGAAGAACCAUGAGGAGGACCUGCUGGCUCUGAGGGCCCAGAUGAGAGGACAGGUGAAUGUGGAGGUGGACGCUGCUCCUCAGCAGGACCUGUCCUUUGUGCUGGCUGGAGUCAGAGAGCACUAUGAACAAGUUGCCAGCAAGAACCGCAGAGACCUGGAGGCCUGGUUCCAG